AUGAAGUCCAUCUCGUUCGUCCUCACUCUGCUCCUCAGCAGCGCUCUGGCUGCUCCUUUCGAAUCUACCUACUCUAGACUAUCCGCACGCGAGGAAGCCGGCUUGUUCGACGACUUGAAGGGCGGCAGCCUCGGCCCACGGGCUAGCGAUGACACCCUCGUUGCACGAGCUACGGCUGACUUGGACAAGUUCCUUGCAUCACUCGGCGGCCAAGAAAAGCGCGACGGCGAGGCGCCUUCCAAGCGUGAGGAAGCCCUCCUUGGUGGGCUCCUAGAUGGUCUUCUCGGCGGCGUGACUGGCGGCUCCGGAGGCAUUGGAGGAGCUGCAAAGGGCGCCACUGACGCUGUGGGCGGCGUGACUGGCGGCCUUACUAAGGGCCUUACUGACAAGCUGGGUGGUGUUGCUGGCAGCGCUGGAGGCCUUACCAAGGACCUUACUGACAAGUUGGAUGGAAUAACUGGUGGGCUUACGGGCGGCAAGUCUGAAGGCGGUGCCGACAAGAAGGGAUCCGAUAAGCAGAAGCGCGAGGAAGCCCUCCUCGGCGAGCUCCUCGGUGCGCUUGGCGGUCUUACCGGCGGCCUGACUGGCGGCUCCGGGGGCGUUGGAGGACUUACCAAGGGGCUCACUGAUACUGUGGACGGCGCGACUGGUGGCCUUACCAAGGAGCUUACUGAAAAGCUUGGUGAUGUUACCGGCAGCGCUGGAGGUCUUACUAAGGAGCUCACCGGAAAGCUGGGUGCCCUGGCUGGCGGAAAGUCUGGCGAAGACGGAGACGACAAGAAGAAGGAAUCCGACAAGCGGAAGCGCGAGGAGUCUAUCGCUGGGCUGCCCAUUUCCCUCAACGAUCUCCUUAGCAUCCUUGGUGGACUUGGCAAGCGCGAGGAGGCUAUCGCGGGACUACCCAUCUCUCUCGAAGAUCUCCUCGGUCUCCUAGGGCUUGGCAAGCGAGAAGAAGCACUCUCCAAGCGUGAGGAGGCUGUCGCUGGGCUACCACUCGGGGACCUUCUUGCUCUUCUGAAGGGGCUCGGGCUUGGCAAGAGAGAUAACCAGGAGCUUUCUAAGCGCGAGGAAGCCAUUGCUGGACUUCCCAUCUCUCUUGAAGACAUCCUUGGUCUGCUGGGUGGACUUGGCAAGCGUGAGGAGGCUGUCGCUGGAUUGCCUAUCUCUAUUAAGGACCUUCUUAGUGUUCUUGGACUUGGCAAGCGUGGCGAAGAGAGCCUCUCCAAGCGCGAGGAGGCUAUUCUGCCCAUCUCCCUUGAAGACCUCCUUGGUCUUCUAGGCGGACUCAGCAAGAGUGGUAAGAAGACCCUCCCCAAGCGCGAGGAGGCCAUUGCCGGACUACCCAUCUCCCUCGAAGAUCUUCUCGGUCUGCUGGGUGGUCUUGGCAAGCGAGAUGGACAGGAGCUAUCUGAGCGCGAGGUGGCUGGCAUUGGGAGAAUUCUUAGCCUCAACCUCCUGCCGCUCGGCAAGGGAUCAGGAAAGCGAGAAGAGCCAAAGACUGAGGAGCUUGUGGAUCCUAUUAUCGCCGAAGGAUCAUCUGUUGAGCGACGAGACCCCAUCGUUCUCACUCCUGAGAUCAUCAAGGCCCUCAUUCAGCAGAAGCUCGAGGGUGCCAAGAAGGGCAAGACCGACAACAAGGGCAAGGACAAGCGCGAGGUGGCAAGCAACCACGAAGCCGCUGCCAAUGUCCCUACCGAUGAGCUCAAGGAAAUUCUUAAGGCCGUCCUGAGCGGUGCUAUCAAGCUCCCUGCCACUGACUCGAUCAAGAAGGCUGUGGAAGACAAGGCCGGUGAUGCGAAGGAUGCGGCUCAGGAUGCCUCGGGAAAGACUAAGGAGGCUGUUGCUGCCGUUGACCCUGUCUCUGCUUAG